CAGUCCACAUGCUUCUCGGGGGAGUCCACAGUUGCUCAACAUCCCCAAAAGAAAUGCAGCCCCUGUUGAGCUUCCAGACACCUCUAAGCCACGAGGCGCUGGGUUUCCAUCUCUACCCAGGUCUGCCAGCUCACCUUUGCUGCUGCAAGCCAUCGUACGCACUGGGCCACUGUCACACCGCUCCAUGUCCGAGAUCCACGUUGGACCAAGCGUGGGGCUUUCAAAACCCGGCAGCUUGUCCCGUGAUUUCAAUACGCAGAACGGCGUAUCCAGCUCCAUUGCCGACGAAUAUCAUGCCAAAAGCGAGACUGUACCGCUGCACAAGAUGGACAUCUCGCAACAGCUACGCUCCAUGUCGCAAAUGUCCGACACACCAGCGAAUGAGACCCCCUCUCAUUCGGCACAUGCAUCGCUUUCUCGGAUAUGGCAAGCUCAUCUCGGGGCACCAUCGGCACAGAGCCGUCAUUCGCGUCGGCUCUCGAGUCUCGACAUGAGAAUUUCGGGGCUCACAUCACCGAUGAACGGGGGUCACGUUCCUCUGCGAGACAACACAUCAUCCGUUUACAGCCGGUCUGCCAGUGCCGCUGCCAACGAUCAGGAUCAGACGAAUGCAUUGCACUUCAACACGCCACGCACCUCCCCCGUUGGCUGGGAGGAGGUCUUGGAAGACUGGCCGUUGAAGCCUGAGGUCUCGAAACCAAAGCUCAAGUCGGCUUUGCGAGCAGAACCAAAGAGGUCUCCGGGCAAAAAGCUGCGCAACAAACCUCUACCCCCUGAUCCUCCGGAAGCGGUACCAAGUGACAAUGUCACUCGCAAGGUUUCUUUCGAAACGAGUGCCCUCAAGUCAGACAACGCUUCCGUAAGACUACUUUCACCGCCGCCCCCUCUCCGCGAGGCGUCGAUCCCGAGCAAGAGCAGCUCCAGUACCCUGACCCGGCUCAGCAAAGCCUCGAGGUUCCUGGAGCGCUUCUCGCCGCCGAAGAAGACGGUACAAAAGCGUCGGUCCAUCUUCAAGUUUCUGCGUCCGGGCAGUCAGAAGCAGCAGAAUCGGUGUGUCAGCUCGCCUGCGCUGGUUCCGAAUGUGUCGAAGACGACCACCGUGGCGUUUGACGGGCAAUCGGACGAUCCUGCGUUGUUGACUGUCGAGUACGAGCUCAACGGACAACCCAGCCGCGUCGCGAGAUCGAUGAGCAUGAAUCAACUCAGCCCAUCGGCCGCCGAAACGAGCAGAACGCAUCUUGAGCCCAACCCCGGACCAGCAUACGCCCUUGUUCGACGUCCAACUCUCGCCGAUUACGAGCGGAGUCUCACAAUUGCUGGUGACGAUCGUCGGCGACCUUCGACCGUGAGUUUGAAGCGAGCAAAAGAAGUUCAAGAGGAAGAUCGUCGCGAGUCGGGUGGCGGCUUGCGAAAGAGACUGAGCAGAGCUCGUCCGUUGAGAGAUGAUGCCAGCCCACUCAUGGCUCAAGCGCUGGAGAAGCAUCAGCAGGAGAAGGCACUGUUUCGCUCGGCCGGCAAGCAGCGAGAAUCGGCUGGCGGACUGGAUCCUCUGGCCUUUUCUGACUCCUCGCCUUUCAGCAGAACCGGCGCAAGUCUUCCGCCUGCCAGCUUGUACAACCACAACGACCUCCUCGACCCGCUCGAGAAAGGCCAUCUCAAGAGCCAUUCCGAGCGCGGCUUCGACCACGUCUACCUCGCGCCUCCAUCCCCUCAUCACCAUGCUCACUCAUCCCGCCACUCCAGUCCAGCCGCCAGCACGCGAGCGCCCUCCACCGUGGCAAGCCACAUGCAACCCAUCCGGGAGAUGCUUCCUCUCCCACCGAAAGCCCGCAUCGGUACAAAUCUCGAGUCCUGGUCUCGCUACCCAUCCCACACACGUGGCGAGCGCUGCGGCUCUGCGGGACGUGCAGACGCCAUCAUCGCCCGCGACUUUGGCAUCGAUAUCAAUCCCGAGGAGAUCCACGUCAGCGACACGGCAGAAGACGACGACGACUCGCCUGGGAGCAAGCAUAGCGCCAAAAUCACCCCUCCGCGUCGCCGCAGAACCGGGUUGGCGCAAAGCCGCUCUUUCGGCGGGAUCGUACGCUACUAUUCCAAUUUGUUCCACACGCGAGGCUGGUAUGGGCAGAAUAGGCGUACGUCGAUCACGACGGGAGGUACGCUGGAGUACCCCGAGCUGGAAAUGUUGCCGGUGCAGAUGGCGGUGGAUUUGCCGCGGCAUCAUCAUCACCAUCAUCCUAUCGAGCACCUGCGGGAUUCGAUUAAAGAGGAUGCAGGAAAGAUCACAGCCUUUGUGAAGGACGAAGAGGGGAAGUUGGAUGCUUUCGUGAAGAGGGAAGAAGAGGUGUUGGAAGGCUUUGUGCGCAAAGAAGAAGACGAGCUGGAGGGGUUCGUGAAGAAAGAGGAGCAGAUGUUUGGGGAGUUUGUCAAGCGAGAAGAAGGGAAGUUGAGGGAUUUUGUCGAAGGGGAGGAGGAGGCGAUGUUGUUUCAUCCGCAUCAUCGUCAUCAUCGCCCUGGUUCGAGCACUUCUCGCAAAUCGAGUCCGUUCAGGACGGGCAGUAUCUUCGAGCCACCGCAUCAUCAUCGUCAAGAUGAGGGACGUCUGCCGCGCAGCGAGACGAUGGUCGGACCAGGUGAUAUGGCCCGCCGAUCAAGCACGACUCCACAUCACCAUGGCGUUACCGAGCUGGACGGCAAUUCCUGCACGCAACUGUCCAAGAAGAAGCAAGCCACAUUAUCCAAGGCAGAACUCUGGUCGAAUGUCUACAAAGACUGUCUUGAGCGUUCGACAUCGACAGCAUCAGCGAAAGACGACAUCGCUAUCGACGAGAAACGGGCACUCCUAUCCAAAUUAGAUGUCGACGAUGCACUACCCUCACGUAAUUCUUCAAAUAACAUCUGCAACAACGACAACAUACUUCUUACUUUAGAAGCAACCAGGCCUCGCAGCCCAGAUAUCCAAGUUCCAACUGUGGUCGACCCGAAAGAAGCACCGCGGAUCCGCCGCUUCCCCUCUGUCACGGUCAUCGACGACCGCAAGGGCCAUUUCCGCAGUGUGUCGCUGAUUUCGGUUCGGACGAAUAAGUCUAAGACAUCGGGGUUGGAGGUGGAAAGGGUGGAGAGUGGGCAGGGCUUGUUGUUGGGCGGCGAUGAGGCUUGAGGAAAGGGGGAGGAGGGAGUGCGGCUUUUGGGCUGAACACGGUGCCGGUGGCCUCUCAUGAUGUUCUCAGGCCGGGCUGGUUUUAAUCGGAGGCAAUUGGAGGCCGGGGAUCGAGGAUUGCGAGGUAAUGGGCGGGAAGACUGAUGCGGUAACCGGAGAGAAAGUGGAUGC